UUAUAUGACGUUCAAUACGAUGUAUAUAUCAAUCGAUCUUCAGAUGCAUUUUGCAGAAAUAUGAAUUAGCUGUAGUUGAAAAUCCGUGAACUUGUUUAAUUUAAUGUCGUGAGCUGCCAUCAAACCAUAAGUUCAAGUGGAAUAAAAAACUUUAUUAUUGAAGUAAUACUCAUAUGUGAACAUAUAUGUAUGCUGAAAGUGUAUCGAUGUCAAGGAAAUUUAUGGAUGCAGAAUAAAAUUGUCUGAAAACAUAAAACAUACAUAUUAAAGAUUAAAUAAAAUUGGAUGUUCAUCUGAUCAUUGCUGACCGAAUCUUUAAACAUGGGAGAACAGCCUAUAUUCACAUGUAACGCUCAUGUGUUUCACAUAGAUCCCAAAACUAAAAGAACUUGGAUCACAGCCAGUUCUAAGGCAAUCUCAGUGAGCUUUUUCUAUGACUCUUCAAGGAAUCUCUAUCGCAUAAUAAGUGUAGAAGGGAGUAAGGCGGUGAUAAAUUCAACGAUAACUCCUAAUAUGACUUUUACUCAAACGUCACAAAAAUUUGGUCAAUGGAGUGAUGUCCGUGCAAACACUGUGUAUGGCUUAGGUUUUGCUUCGGAGGCCGAACUAGGAAAGUUUAUAGAAAAAUUUCAAGAAGUGAAAGAGGCUACUAAAAAUGCAUUAAAUAAAGCUUCCGCCAAUGGAAAUUCCGCUGUUACGUCUGCCAACGCUUCUCCUGUUACUGCACGUUCUUCCAUGUCAAAUAGUGAUAGUUUUGAUCCAAACAAUUCAGAUGUUCCCACAACCCCAGCGAAUAAUGUUAUUUCCAGCAUUAAAACUGAUAGCCCAUCUCAUCCCACAACAAAUGAUGCUUUGAAUAACAUAAACACUUUAACAAGUGAGUUGAAACAAAUAUCCAUCAACUCUUCAUCUAGCGAUGGCAUGACAACGUCAACAACUGAACAACAACUGAAAUACGAAAACGAACGAUUGAAAUUAGCACUCGCUCAAAGCUCCGCAAAUGCCAAGAAAUGGGAAAUUGAACUCGCUACGCUUAAAAGUAAUAAUCUCCGUUUAACAAGUGCUUUGCAGGAAUCCACUGCUAAUGUGGAAGAAUGGAAGCGUCAAUUACAUUCGUACAAGGAAGAGAAUCAACGAUUGAAAAUCCGUUACCAGGAGUUAGAAGCAUCGAAAGGAUCCACCUCUGGCAAUGCCGGUGGUGCUGCAAAUGCCGCAAAUUCAGAACUAGCCGACGAACUUCGGCGUGAAAUUUCCCUGUUAAAAAACCGAAUCGAAGAUCUGGAGAAAGAGUUAUUGAAUCAGGAAAUGGAACUCAAGGCCGCGAACAAAAGUUUAAAGGAUAAACAGAAUGACUCAACCUUCAAACAGCUCACAGCGUUGUGUAAUCAGUUUUCGGUGCAUUUAUCGGAACUCGGAGGCAUACAAAAAGAAAUGGAGAAAAAUAUACAGAUGCAUCAAAAAACCACUUGAGAAUUAUACGGCAACAACUCUAACCUUUUAAAUGAGAUUAAUAUGUGUCAUGAAGGAAGUAGUCAGGAAUGUAUUGAAGCCAAGUCUCAUAAAAACUUUGUCACUAAUCGUAACGAUGAGAUUGAAUCUGAUAAAGAAUACAAGGGAUAUUUACCCUCGAAGCAACUUGCCAAUGUCAACCAAACAAAAAUUUCUAGCAGUACAACAGACGCACAAAAGCGGUCGCAACUAAAUGCAAAUGCACCAAAAACAGUAAUCCAAAAUCGAUCAAACUCUGGAAUAGUUCUGAUAACGACCAAACUGAACCAGUCAGAUGAAAGCAAACUUAUUCAGUUUGCAAAUAAUGACGGUGGCAAUAGGGCUGUAUUGAACAAAACAAAUUUAGAUCUUUUGAAUUCCGCAAAAAAGAUGGCAAACAUAGCGGAGUCAUCAAAUCAACCCAAAACUGCAACAAUUUUAGUUUCUAAAUCUAAAACGAAGACCGGACUUCCCCUGCUAUUGAAAAAAUCUAAAUAGGACGCAGAUUAAUUAUCUAUCGGAAACAUUUUUAUCCCGACAAUGUGUUCUUAUUAGUUUAAAUUUAUUUUUAAUGGCAGUUUCCAUUUGCAGCUACAACCACAUAUGUAGUAAUUCAGAAAAGUUUGAAAUUCAGCAAAAGAAACAAUAUUAUGAUUUUAAGAAAAUAGUAGUUAUUUAUCAACUGCUCCAAAUAAACGAUGCGGUCUACUUUAUCCUCCUAAGAUAAAGUAUUUUAUUAGUGUUGGAACGUAUAGGGAAAAGUCAUCUUAAAAUAGGUGACCGCAUUUUGAACAUGCUAUUUUGUAGACUAUGGACUUAGUUGUUCGAAUAAAAGUUUAUCUAUCAGUAUACAGUUGUUAGUAUUAUUUGUACUACCAAAGAUUUAUUGUCAAAUAUUGGCUUAAGCCUCCGACGAAUUUAAACAUGUAAUUUUUACUACUAUUCCAUUUGCAAAUGCGCAUUACCAAGUUGAUUGUUGAAUAUGAUUUACGGGAAAGGAUCAAGUAUAUUAAAUACUUAAGAAGCUAUACUAUGUCUGUAUUUAUUUUACCUACAUUUAAAACGCGAUUUCCUCAACAAUUUCAAAGCCAACCAGAAUAUAAAUUUAAAAAAAAAUAGCAAAAUGGUUAUUCUUUAAUUCAAUGAACUGCAUUUUUAAAUAUCAAUCAAGGUAUGGUUUUUGUGUAGAUGAUAGACUAUGUAUUACAAAAUAAAGUAUGUGUAUAAAUCUGUUUGGAUAUGGACUCUGAAUCUUUAGAUAGACAGCAUAUAAGUUUAACGCUACUAUAUUGCAGUUCUGCAUGCAUAUUUUAUACAAUGCAAUCAUUUAAAAUAAUGUAAUAACUCUUAGAAUCAACAUUAUGUAUCGAGCCGAAGGUAAAUAAGAGAAAAUAAAAAUAUUGUGUUACUACAACAUUGUGAA